ACCUAGUAAUAAUAAAAAAGAAGAAGAUAAUCUUCAUCCCAACGAACAGUCCUAACACUCAUCUCCCUCUCUCUCAUCUAUGAAAACCCUUUCGUCUCCAUUCUCCAUUACCAAGUCGAUGACAAACCUCAAUCUUUUCGAUUUUCCGUUCAAACCCAAACUUCCCAGCCUUCUCCUGACGAACAGACCCUUCAAUCCCUCUAGGGUUUCAAUCAACCCUCCACCACCAGAUUUCAAUUACAGAUCCACCAUUUUAGCCGACUCUCGAGCCUCAAUUGUUCAAACCCAUCCCGAAUUGCUCGAUUUGGCGGACGACAAUGGAAGCUUGGUUCUUGUCAAAAAGAGUCAAUUCGGACCCGUGCCGGAGUGGAGGGCCGAGUUCGUGGAGCCGGAGGAGAUUUGGUUGAUCGGGACCACUCAUAUCUCUCUCGAAUCAGCGCUGGAUGUUGAGCGCGUGGUGCGUGCUGUGAAGCCAGACAAUGUUGUUGUGGAACUUUGCAGAAGCAGAGCUGGGAUUAUGUACAUGUCCAAUGAUGGUGAAGUUGGCCAGCAAAUGAGGUUGAAUAUGUUCUCUUUGAGUGGCACUGGAUUUUUUGGUGCCAUGGGUCGUAGCUUAAACUUGGGGGGUCAAACCGCUUUGGCAUUACGUCUACUGUUGGCAGCUUUCUCAUCAAAACUCUCUUCAGACAUGAACAGACCAUUUGGGGAUGAGUUUCGUGCUGCUCGAAAAGCAUCAGAAGAAGUUGGAGCUCAAGUUGUUUUGGGAGAUCGUCCAAUUGAAAUAACUCUUGAAAGAGCUUGGAAUUCUCUUAAAUGGAAUGAGAAACUGAGCCUAGUGUUGUCUGUUGUUCGUGGGAUAACAUCAUCAGCUGAUAUGUCCAGGAACAAUUUGAAGGAAUCAAGCACAGAUGAUAGCACCUUUCAGCUCUAUGAGCAACUAAGUUUUUCAUAUCCAUCACUCCUACAGCCCCUUUUACAUGAGCGUGACACAAUAUGUAUUCUAGGUUAUUUUGCAAAUUCAAGUGGUCAAAGACCUCGCCAAAGCAGAUCUACCGAUGAUCCCUAAAACAAGCCCACGACAAUGCUUCAUUCCACGCAAUAGCGAUAAAUUUCUUCAUUCUUGAAACGAAUCGGAGAAGUCCAAUUUAAUCAUUGGAAGACAAAGAAUCCAAGUACAGUAUAAAUAUAUGCAUAUAUAAAGAGAGAGAGUGAGAUUUUUAGAGAGAAAGGACUCACAUGGAGAAGGAAACACAUCUUUUGGAGAUCAACUUGAUCUCCGCUCAAGAACAUAUAUAUAUCUAUGUUAGUUUGAUUCACAAGAAAAGACACACAUACUCACGCAUAUAGAUAUAAUAUGUAUAUAUUGAAAUCUAAGAAAUGUCGAGUGAAAGUUAAGAAAUGUCGAGUGAAAGUGAAGAUCUAGACGAAGAUGAGUUGCAUCAGAUUGUGCUGAAGGAGCAAUCUCAAUGAGAUCUCAAUUACCACAAAUACUCCUCCAAGCCUUCGAGGCCGACAGCUUAUUUCGUGCAGCCACCAUCGUAUCCGGCGAAGUAGAGGGGUUCGGCGCUAUCGGGAGAUGCUAGGUCGAAGCUGUUCAAUAUCAGAUCUACAGAGGAAUGGUGCUUCAAAGUCUUUCUGGCGAGCCCUGUGCUGCUGUCAGGGCAACCGAUGAUGCUCUUAAUCAAGACUCGCUAAGAGAAAUGGACCUCUUCGGUGGUGUUGGAGAGGGACAUGGCGAGAAAAAAGGCGAUUAGGAGGAGAGAGAGAGCUGAGGCGGCGGUGACCUCCCUGAUCGGAUCUGGAGAGGUCUUUCUGCGGUGGUGAUGGAAGAGAGAAGAGGAGGAGAGAGAUGAUGAGCACCACAUUGGUUGAACUGUUUGAUUAGGGUCUGUGAACAAUACAUAUAUAUAGGUCUCUUUUGGGAAGUGGGUUAUAAUCCACUUCCCGGAUUAUAACCUACUUCUUCUCUCACAAAAAAGCUGCUUAUAAGUAGUUUUUAACUAAAAAGCUGAUUAUAAUCAUCUUCCCAAAAUAGCCCAUAAUGGGUAGUUUGUUCAUUUUAAAAGAACUUGCCUUUAUGGACAAAGUGUUUUAGAGUCAGUACCUAUGGGCAAUGAAAAUCUAAAAUUGGAUUUAUGGACCGAGUGCCCAAAAAA